GCAACUUAGCGGAUUCUAUCCGCUAUCUAUAAUUAUGUGAUUCGUGUCACUCGUGAUUGUGGCGAUCGCCAAACGAAAGGGUGCAGUGUAUAUACAAAGAAUAAUCGCGUUUACAGUGGACAGCGAUUUUAACGAGCAAGAACAGAUAUGGAGAGUCAACAGUUUUGUUUACGAUGGCACAAUUUCCAAAAUACAUUAUUGAGCUCUCUUCCAAAACUGCUCGAUGGUGGCCAUCUAACAGAUGUCACACUGAGCGCUGGUGGUAGACACAUUCAUGCUCAUAGAAUUAUACUCUCAGCUUGUAGUUAUUAUUUUAAAGAACUGUUUAAGGACUUAAGCUCUUUGCAACAUCCUGUUAUUGUGUUGCCAGGCAUGGAAUAUGCAAAUUUAUGCGCUUUAGUCAAAUUUAUGUAUAAUGGUGAAGUGAAUAUUUACCAAGAACAAUUACCUGCACUUUUAGCUAUGGCUGAUACAUUACAUAUUUGUGGAUUAGCUGAUAUGGCUGGGAAAAAUUCGAAACACGAUAAUGGUUUGUAUGCACAGCCACCAAUAAUACCUCAGGAAAAACUGUCGAACAAUGAAAUGAUAACGACGGAAUCGAAAGAUAAUACAAUGAUUACUGAAUCCGAAUCGGUAUCUGCAUCUCUACACGAGGUAAUAGAUAAUUUAGACGAUGAAGAACCUAGCAACGAUCAAGAAAGUAUAUCGUAUUGCGUGAAGACAAAACCUUAUUACUCUAUAAACGCAAAAUUAAACCAAAGAGAGAAAACGUCUGGUCCUAUUAAUGUAUCUGUUAAUAAAUAUCUCGAUAAAGGAUACUCGGAAGGCAUAACGGACGAGACCGCAUCAAUCACAGAGGAUCAGAUUGCACCCUUAGAAGAUGUAAAACCGCCAUCGGCCGUGUGGGACACAAAUUUCAAAUUGCUUGCAACAUCCGCAUCUGGCAAAACUUCUCAGGCCUAUAACAAAUCUAGUGUUACUUGUUUUAUUUGUGGUAAACAGUUGAGCAAUCAAUACAACUUGCGCGUACACUUGGAGACACAUAGCAAUAGUUCAUACAGCUGCACAUCGUGCUCGCACGUAUCGCGAUCGCGAGAUGCGUUAAGAAAACACGUGUCAUAUAGACAUCCGGUGGCUUCUUCGCAGAAACGUCCAAGGUAUACGUCGAAACCACCACUACUGUGAUGGUGAAGUCAUUACUAUUAUUAUAUACAUAUGUAUAUAUAGACAUUUUAACCUUUGCUAGAAUACCUAUCAAAAUUUUUGGUGCAAUCACAAAAAGAAAGUUUGAAAGAGAGGUAAGAAUAUUUAAACAAAUAUUUUAUUAAAUAUAUUUAAAAAAUUAUCAGUUUUAAAAAAAUGUGUUCUAAAUAUAUUGCACUAGCGAAUAAUUUAGUGACAGAAUUCAUGGUACCUUAUAUUCGUAAGAACAGCACUGGACUGAUUAAUAAUAAGAAAAGCCAUAACAUCUUCAAGUGUACAAACAACAAAGUGUGAUCAUGUUCCUGAAGACCUUUAGUGUUCGAAUUGUUAUCGCUUUCUUGUUAUUGUUACACUGUUUUAAUAAAGACAAAUUAGAUAAAUUGCGUGACUUUUAGUGCAAAUAUAUAUCUAGAAAUGUUGAAAGAUAAAGCAGCAGGAGGCUAGAAAUAGUUAUAUGGAAUGUAAAUUAAUUUGUAAUUUUAAUGAAUCAAUAAAAGGAGAUUGCAAUAUAA